GCCCCUUCCUCUCCCCACCUUCCUCCGGCUCCCGCGCCCCCGCGCCGGGCGCCCACCCUGUGCUGCUGCGGGAGCGCGGUCCGCGGCGGCGGCCGGAGCGGGCCGGGCCGGGCCGGGCCGGGGGAUGGCGCUGCUGGACCUGGCCCUGGAGGGAAUGGCCGUCUUCGGGUUCGUCCUCUUCGUGGUGCUGUGGCUGAUGCAUUUCAUGGCCAUCAUCUACACCCGAUUACACCUCAACAAGAAGGCAACGGACAAACAGCCAUAUAGCAAGCUCCCGGGUGUGUCUCUUCUGAAGCCACUGAAAGGUGUAGAUCCUAACCUAAUCAACAACUUGGAGACAUUCUUCGAAUUGGAUUACCCCAAAUAUGAAGUACUCCUUUGUGUACAAGAUCAUGAUGAUCCAGCCAUUGAUGUAUGUAAGAAGCUUCUUGGAAAAUAUCCAAAUGUUGAUGCUAGAUUGUUUAUUGGUGGCAAAAAAGUUGGCAUUAAUCCUAAAAUUAAUAAUUUAAUGCCAGGAUAUGAAGUUGCAAAGUAUGAUCUGAUAUGGAUUUGUGAUAGUGGAAUAAGAGUAAUUCCAGACACACUCACUGACAUGGUUAACCAAAUGACAGAGAAAGUAGGCCUGGUUCAUGGUCUGCCUUAUGUAGCAGACAGACAGGGCUUUGCUGCCACAUUAGAACAGGUAUAUUUUGGAACUUCCCAUCCAAGGUCCUAUAUCUCUGCCAAUGUCACUGGCUUCAAAUGUGUGACAGGAAUGUCUUGUUUAAUGAGAAAGGAUGUGUUAGAUCAAGCAGGAGGGCUUAUAGCUUUUGCUCAGUACAUUGCUGAAGAUUAUUUUAUGGCCAAAGCAAUAGCUGACCGAGGCUGGAGGUUUGCAAUGUCCACUCAGGUUGCAAUGCAGAACUCUGGCUCUUACUCAAUUUCCCAGUUUCAAUCCAGAAUGAUCAGGUGGACCAAAUUACGAAUUAACAUGCUUCCUGCUACAAUAAUUUGUGAGCCAAUUUCAGAAUGCUUUGUUGCCAGUUUAAUUAUUGGAUGGGCAGCCCACCAUGUAUUCAGAUGGGAUAUUAUGGUAUUUUUCAUGUGUCAUUGCCUGGCAUGGUUUAUAUUUGACUACAUUCAACUCAGGGGUGUCCAGGGCGGCACACUGUGUUUUUCAAAACUUGAUUAUGCAGUAGCCUGGUUCAUCCGUGAAUCCAUGACAAUAUACAUUUUUUUAUCGGCAUUAUGGGACCCUACUAUAAGCUGGAGAACUGGUCGCUACAGAUUGCGCUGUGGAGGCACAGCAGAGGAAAUUCUAGAUGUAUAACUACAGCUUUGUGACUGUACAUAAAGGAAAAAAGAGAAGUAUUAUAAAUUAUGUUUGUAUAAAUGCUUUUAAAGAUCUACCUUCAGUAGUUUUAUCACAUGUAUGUUUGAUAUCUGUUCUUUAAUUUAUUUUGCAUGGCACUUGCAUCUGUGAAGAAAAAAAAAAAAAAACACAUCUGUAGUCUUGGCCAAAUGGUACACUUUAUUUUGUGGAAGUAUUGAAUCAAGAGAAUUGGUUCUAGGAACCUGGGUUUGAUUUUCGUUGUUUGUUUAUUUUUUAAAAAUAAAUAUAUAUAUAUAAAUAUAUGAAUGCU